GGGCAAACAGACCAAAGGUGAGAGGGGCAGGCUGUGGUGCGCAGGCCACCGGAGGCACGCCAUGAGGUGGGUGGGAGCCCCCAGGCCGCCAAGCUGGACGCCGAGCCCCGGCCCAGCCUGGGGGCUGCUGGUCCUCCUGGGCCUGCUGGGUGGGGGUUCAGCAGCCGUCCCCAUGGGCCCCACGUGGCCUGAGCCUGUGUUCGGGCGCCUGACGUCCCCUGGCUUCCCGAGGGAGUAUGGCAACCACCAGGAGUGGCGCUGGGCCCUGAGGGCGCCUCCCGGCUACCGCCUGCGCCUCUACUUCACCCACUUCCACCUGGAGCCCUCCUUCCGCUGCGAGUACGACUUCGUCAAGCUGAGCUCGGGGACCAAGGUGCUGGCCACGCUGUGCGGACAGGAGAGCACGGACACGGAGCAGGCGCCGGGCAAUGACACCUUCUACUCCCUGGGCCCCAGCCUGGACGUCACCUUCUGCUCCGAUUACUCCAACGAGAAGCCUUUCACGGGGUUCGAGGCCUUCUAUGCUGCUGAGGACAUUGAUGAAUGCCGAGAGCCCCCGGGAGAGGAGGCCACCUGUGACCACCACUGCCACAACCAUCUGGGUGGCUUCUAUUGCUCCUGCCGCGCCGGCUACGUCCUCCACCAGGACAAGCGCACCUGCUCAGCCCUGUGCUCAGGCCAGGUCUUGCGCGGCCGAUCUGGGGAGCUGAGCAGCCCCGAGUACCCGGGGCCCUACCCCAAGCUCUCCAGCUGCUCCUACGGCAUCCGCCUGGAGGAGGGCUUCAGCGUCACCCUGGACUUCGUGGAGUCCUUCGACGUGGAGGCCCACCCCGAGGCCCAGUGUCCCUACGACUCCCUCAUGAUUCAGACGGACCAGGAGGAAUAUGGCCCUUUCUGUGGGAAGACAUUGCCCCCCAGAAUUGAGACAGGGAGCAACAACGUGACCAUCCUCUUUGUCACUGACAAGUCAGGGGCCCACACAGGCUGGAAGAUCCACUACACAAGCACAGCGCAGCCGUGUCCUGAUCCGAUGGCACCACCUAAUGGUCACAUUUCACCUGUGCAAACCAAGUACAUCCUCAAAGACAGCAUCUCUGUCUUCUGUGAGACUGGCUAUGAGCUUCUGCAAGGUGCUUUGCCCCUGAAAUCAUUCACUGCAGUCUGUCAGAGAGAUGGAUCUUGGGAUCGACCCAUGCCAGAGUGCAGCUUGGUGGACUGUGGCCCUCCAGAGGAGCUGCCCAAUGGCCGAGUGGAAUACCUCACUGGUCCUGAAGUGACCACCUAUAGAGCUGAGGUUCAGUACCACUGCACAGAGACCUUCUAUACAAUGAAGAGGAAUAAUGGUAAAUAUGUAUGUGAGGCUGAUGGAUUCUGGACGAGCUCCAAAGGAGAAAAAUCACUCCCAGUCUGUGAGCCUGUGUGUGGACUAUCAGCCCGGACUACAAGAGGUCGUAUAUAUGGAGGGCAAAGGGCACAGCCUGGUGAUUUCCCCUGGCAAGUCCUGUUACUAGGUCAAACUACAGCAGCAGGUGCACUUUUAUAUGACAACUGGAUUCUAACAGCUGCUCACGCCAUAUAUGGGCAAAAAGAAGAGGUAUCUUCCCUGGACAUUCGAAUGGGCAUCCUGAAUAGACUAUCGCAUAACUACACAAAAGCCUGGGCUGAGGCUGUUUUUAUACAUGAAGGUUACACUCAUGAGGCUGGUUUCGACAAUGACAUAGCACUGAUUAAAUUGAAGAACAAAGUUGUAAUCAAUAGCAACAUCAUGCCUAUUUGUCUGCCAGGAAAAGAAGCUGAAUUUUUGAUAAGGACAAAUGACAUUGGAACAGCAUCUGGUUGGGGAUUAACCCAAAGGGGUUUUCUUGCUAGAAAUCUAAUGUUUGUCGACAUACCAAUUGCUGACCAUCAAAAAUGUACUGCUGCCUAUGAAAAGCAGUAUCCAGGGGGAAGGGUAACUGAUAACAUGCUUUGUGCUGGCUUAGAAACUGGAGGCAAGGAUAGCUGCAGAGGUGACAGUGGAGGGGCACUAGUAUUUCUAGACAACAAGACAGAGACUUGGUUUGUAGGGGGAUUAGUGUCUUGGGGUUCUGUUAAUUGUGGGGAAGCAGGUCAGUAUGGGGUGUACACGAAAGUCAUUAACUAUAUUCCCUGGAUUGAGAACAUAAUUAAUAAUUUGCAUGUGUUCAAUCAGUAAAUGAGUCAUUUUUAGAACCUUGUAAAAGAUCUUAGCAGUAAUGUGACAUAGCAGCUACCGCCCCCCCGCCACCACACACACAAAAUAACCCAAACUCCAGGUGACACUGUUACAGGUACUAAUCCAUUUAAUAGUAUAAUGCCACCCUUACUUGUUGAUUGAAGGGGACAUAAACCAUCACAGUAUUACAAUGACAUUCACCUUCACCACCCCAAUAUAACUCACUGCUUAAGAUGCAUUUACUUACAAAGCCCACCUUUUCAUACUAGUUGUUUGCAUUUCUGCAAAUUGCUUGUCUAUUUUCCACUUGUUCUUACUGAUCUCAAAGAGUGCUUUAUAUAUUAUAGGACUAUGGGUUUUAGGGGAGCAACUUUGAAAAAUCAUUUUUCCCCCAGGUAGAUAAGAUGUUCCUAGCAAUUGGAAAUAACCUAAAUAAUGUUCAACUUCAGAAUACUGUCUAAAUAAAAUCUGGUAUUUCCACAAAAUGAAAUGUACUAGAAACAAGUGGUCAUAUUAUAGAUAAAUCUGAAGUUUUUUUUUUUUUUUCCCCCUUUUCCUUAACUGAACACAAAAUUUUCGGGCACAGGUAAGCUUAACAAUAGACAAAUUCUACCAUAGCUGAGUAGACAGUUCUAUUAUUCAAUUCAGAGAUACUCUCCUGUGUGUAAUAAUAAAAAUUCUAAUUAUCAGAUGCAACUGAA